AUGAAUUUUUACGAUCACAUAAAAACACUGCAUAACGCAGGAUUACAUGAAGAUGUCCGCUUAUUGUGUUCUCUGGGGAAUGCUUUGGUCCACGGAGGAGAGUACCGCAAGGCAGAGGUUCAGUAUAAAAAGGCCCUACAGAUUAAAAAGACAUUGAACAAGGGGAAAAGCAAAGCUGUUUCAAAUGUAGAAUCCACCUCAGAGGUUGAUGUGCGCUUCAAGAUUCAUGAAUGUCUGUGUCAUUUGAAGCAGCACAGGGAAGCAGUAGCUGUGCUUGAAGGAAUCAACAGCAAGCAGAGGACAUCCAAAGUGAACAUGGCACUAGCUAAGCUUUAUCAGAAGACAGGGAUGGACAGGUCGGCUGUCACAUGCUUUAAAGAGGUUUUAAGAGAGUGUCCCCUUGCACUGGAAGCUGUGUUGGGGCUCCUGUCACUGGGGGUAAGAGGGGCUGAAGUGGCCUCUCUUGUUUUACAUGGAGUUCAUGGAGGAUGUGAAUGGUUGUCACACUGGAUUAAAGGCCACGCCUUCAUAGCCAACAAGGAGUAUUCCCAUGCUGUGUCCACUUUCAAGGGGUUGGAUGCCAAGGUUCUAAGAAACAGUACAGAGUUGUUGUGCAGUCUGGGAGAGGCUCAUUUUCUGAAUGGAGAUUAUGCACAGGCACAACUGGCAUUAGAAAGGGCACACACUGCAGAACCUCUCAUGUUGAAAAACAUGGAUACAUUGGCUUAUCUUUAUGCCAGGGAAAAGAAAACAAAGGAAUUAGAAAGCCUUGGCAACCAGUUAAUGUCAGUCUCAGAGCAGGCACCCCAGCCAUGGGUGGCCAUAGGGUACUUCUGCCUGCUGACAGAGAAGAGAACUAGAGCUGUGUACUUUGCUCAGAAAGCAUACACCUUAGACAACCGCUGUCUGGAGGCUCUGCUGCUGAAGGGACAGGGGCUGCUGGAACUGAAGAAAAACCAGGAUGCUAUCAUGCACUACAGAGAGGCACUUCGACUAGCCCCAGGAAGAUAUGAACCUUAUAAAGGUAUCAUAGACUGUUACAUAGCAAGUCACAGAAUGAGAGAAGCCAUUCAGAUGGGGAGCAGCUCAAUUAAACAGCUGGGCCAAAAUGCCAGGUCACUGACAUUGUAUGGAAGUGUUUUGGCCAAAGACCAGUUAACUUUAGAAAAGGCCAAGUCAGUGUUGGAGCUUGCCUUGAAGUUUGAUUCACUCCACCUAGAUGCUGUGUAUGUAAUGGCUGAUAUUUAUACACGCCAGCAGCAGUGGGAGAAAGGCAUAGACAUGUUACGGAACCAGCUUCAGCAUCAAAGUACCUGUCGUCUGCACCAGCUGUUGGGCGACUUCUUGUCUCAGACAAAUGAAAAACAGGAAGCAUUAGACCAAUACAGCAUUGCCCUCAGUCUUGACCCUGGCAACAAGCAAGCCCGUGAAGGAAUGGAGCGUGUGGAAAAGAACACAGAAGUGGGACUGGAGAGUGCAUAUGACCUGGAAGUAGAGGACAUGGAUGGGACAGACAAUGAUAUGGACCUUGAUGGCAGUGAUGUUGAGAGUGCCUGGUCUGAUGUCAGUGGAUACAGCUAGCAUAGGAGAGGAGGACCUGACAGGAAUGGGGAGGACUUCCCUACAUCCUCAGAUAGCAUAGCCCACUUAAACAAAUUUUGCUAUUUUGUAUAUAAAUAUAUGAGAAUGCUGAGUGAAGGAGGAAAUAUGUAUGUAAAGAACAAAAAGAACCAGUGUACACCUUGACAUAUAAAUAAUUGGGUACAUCUUGGUUCUGAUGUAUGACUUAGGAAAAAUAGACUUCAUGUCAACUGCCAGAUUUUCAGUCAUUUGUAGUUUUCUGCAGAACUGAUUCAGCCCAGUUAUAAAAAAGAACUACCUUAUGUUUUACAGUAAUGUUUAAGAAAUAAAUAAGUUAUCUUUUUA